UUUCUAAUAUUCACCAUACUAAGUUCACAAAAUUAACCAAAUGGCUUCACGUAGCAACUUUUUUCUUUAUGGUUACCUUUUUUUGGUCCUCGCUGCAACAGCUUCUUCUUCUACACUAUCUCCCUCUUUUUAUGAUAGAGUUUGUCCCAAUGCUUUACAAACUAUCAAACGAGUUGUUGAAGAUGCAGUCUCCAGAGAACGACGCAUGGGUGCUUCUUUAUUGCGUCUGCACUUCCAUGACUGUUUUGUUAAUGGAUGUGAUGCUUCAAUUCUUUUGGAUCCUUCUCCCACCAUUGAUAGUGAAAAAAAUGCCAUCCCUAAUGCAAAUUCUGCGAGAGGAUUUGAAGUUAUUGAUCAAAUUAAGUAUGAGGUCGACAAAGCCUGCGGCGGUGCAGUGGUCUCUUGCGCAGAUAUAUUAGCAGUUGCAGCCCGUGAUUCUGUUGUUGCGCUUGGUGGCCCAACAUGGAAGGUGCAACUGGGGAGGAGAGACUCAACCACAGCUAGCAGAAUUGCAGCAGAAACUGACCUCCCAUCACCAUUUGCAGACCUUCCAGUGCUCAUUAAUGGCUUCAAGAAGCAAGGUCUUGACGAGAAAGACCUUGUUGUUCUAUCUGGUGCUCAUACUUUAGGUUUCUCACAGUGCGGUGCUUUCAAGAAGAGGAUCUACAAUGAAACUAAUAUUGAUCCAUAUUUUGCACAAAAACGAAGAGCAACUUGUCCACCCGAUGGAGGUAAUACAAAUCUUGCACCUCUAGACCCAACACCUGCACGCUUUGACAUUGCAUACUUCACCAACUUGAGAAAGAAGAGAGGGCUUCUUCAUUCUGAUCAAGAGCUCUUCAAUGGCGGCUCUACUGAUGAGCUUGUGAAUAUUUAUAGCUAUAAUCCACGAGCUUUCUGGAAAGAUUUUGCCAACUCUAUGAUUAAGAUGGGGAAUAUAAAAACGUUGACUGGAAAUCAAGGCCAAGUUCGUUUGAACUGCAAGAUGGUGAACUGGUGAGAAAUCAUCUCUGAACACCACCGAUUACGAGAAUGAUCUUCCUUGAUUUCGUUUUUUUUUUUUUUUAAUUUUUGAACGAUUCUUUGAUUUAGUUUUUGUUAAGUUCAUGGUUUUGUCCAUCUCUUCUUCAGAGAAACACACCUAGGAGAGAACGUAAAAAACUGAGGAAGUUGAAUUCGUGAAAUUGUAUUUAUCAAAUAUCCAUUGCAAUUGUAUGUAUUUGUGUUUAUUGAAUAAAAUUUUCU